CAUUUCUAGUAUCUCAGCGUCUUACUAAAGAACUUACACCAUCAAUAUUAUUAAUAGGUUUGGAUGAGGACUUUGCAUAUGGAUUGGUAAUAUUGUUACUGAUAUAUUCGAUAUAUCUAAUAGCUUCGUACAUAUAUUAGGUCUCAUAGUGACAUAAUAAUAGCAUUCAUAACUAUAAGUAACCGCCUGUCUACAUACCUUCUGUCUGCCUUCACUCACUUUCAAGGCUUAACGGCAACUAUGAAAAUUAUCACAACUAAAAAAAUAAAACUACAUUGCCCAAUAUGACAGAGACAUUUGGCCCAGCUUUCAGAGACCAGGAACGGCCGCUUCUAAGCUUCGGGUUGCCCUUCGUCGAAUCGCUCUUUAAACACGCAGACGAUACGUUUCAUGCAACUAGAAUCUACGUUAUCUGCUCUAGAUCUCUUGCGGGAAAUACGGCAUACCUCGAUGAGCUUAAAAGAAGAUUGGGCGACAAAAUCGCCGGUGUUAGGAUUGGCAUGAAGCCGCAUUCUCUCUGGUCUGAGAUACUUGAGGUCGUAGCCGACACAAGAAAAGUCGAUGCAGACCUAAUCGUCACGUUAGGCGCGGGAAGUCUAACAGACUCGGCUAAAAUAGUCUCAUUCGCAUUAGCAAACGAUGUCUCAACUCAUGCUGAGCUAGACUCUCUCUGUACAACAAGCCCUAAAAAGCGUGAUGAUAUCAAACCAUCAAAAGUGCCGGUUGUUUGCGUCCCCACGUCGCUCUCGGGUGGCGAGUAUUCGCCCUUUGCAGGUGCGACGAACGACGAGACGGGGCAAAAACACUCCUUUUCGGGAGCGCUACGGAGUCCUGCCCUGGUCAUCCUUGACCCAAAACUUAGUACGACAACGCCCGAUAAAGUCUGGCUAAGCACCGGUAUCAAAGCCGUAGACCAUUGCGUGGAAACCCUCUGCUCCCUGAAGAGUGACGAUGCGGCAGAUCAGGAUGCUAGAGACGGGUUGUCUAAGCUUAUCCCAGGUUUAAUCAAGAGCAAGCAAAAUCCUAAAGACCUUGAGGCACGAUUGGGGUGUCAACUUGGUGCUAGAGAUGCUAUGAGCGCGGGUAGUCGGGGAGUGCCUUUAGGGGCAAGCCAUGGCAUCGGUCAUCAAUUAGGCCCAGCGGGCGUGAGUCAUGGCGAGACGAGUUGUAUUCUGAACCCAGCCGUGUGCAAGUAUAACUACAAGAAGGGCGCGAACGUCGAACGUCAAAACGCCAUUACCCAGCUCCUCUGGGAAGACUCUAAAGCCAGAGAGAUAUUUGCCCAGAAAGGACUGGAAAAGAAGACGGCUGACCUUGGCGAUCUGAUGGAUGCUAUCAUCCGCGCUCUUGAGCUGCCGAGGACGCUUAGUGAGUUUGGUAUUGGCGAAGAUAAACUUAGCGAUAUCGCCGAGCACAGCUUGAAGGAUCGCUGCGUACAAACCAAUCCAGCCCCUCUGGAUAAGGAGGGCGUGUUGGAGAUACUAAGGAUGGUACUCGAAUGAGCUGUGUUCGUAAUGUAUAUUAUCCCGUAUGAGAUAAAACAAUGUCCAUAAAAAACAGAUCCCAAGCUUCCACGCCUUACGCUCAUAACCGC